UAGCAUUUGAUUCUAUUCUUGCAGGCUAGCCGAUGCACUUCGUUACUACAUUCAUGAACGAAUCACCACUGAUCCAGCAUGGGCCAAAAUUGAGGUAAUUCUGUCCGAUGCUAACGCACCAGGAGAAGGAGAGCACAAAAUCAUGGACUUCAUUCGUAGGCAACGUGCAAAUCCUGCUCAUAAUCCUGACACAGUGCAUUGCCUGUGUGGUGCUGAUGCAGAUCUUAUCAUGCUUGGGUUAGCCACCCAUGAAGCCAAUUUCAACAUUAUACGGGAGGAGUUCAUCCCCAACCAGCAGCGCCCAUGCGAACUUUGUGGACAGUACGGACAUGAGCUGAAGCAAUGUCGAGGACUGGAAAACGAAGAGAAGGGACCUGAGCAUGCUGAUCCCAUCUCGAAAGAGAAGAAUUUCAUUUUUCUGAGGAUUCCCGUCUUACGGGAGUAUUUGGAGAGAGACCUUACUAUGGAAAAUUUACCCUUCAAAUAUGAUUUUGAACGGGUUAUUGAUGACUGGGUUUUCCUUUGUUUCUUCGUAGGCAAUGACUUUCUUCCUCACCUACCUUCGCUAGAAAUCCGUGAAGGAGCUAUCGAUCGCCUAAUCAAAUUAUACAAGGAUAUGGUGUAUAGCAUGAAAGGGGAGAAGGUGGGGGCGUUCUUUGUACUCCGGGCUAUGCCAAAGAGUUGGCAUGUCGUAUACUGUCCAGCUCUGUCACGAGUUAUAAAAGAAUCAACCGUGUGA